CCCUCAUAGCUCUUGAGGGAUCAACCAGCCUGUGUCAGCCAUGGGGCAUGGGGGCCGGGACCACUUGCUACUGACUGUGGCCACUACCCUGAUGCUGUCCAUAAGGACCCCAGGUUUCUGGGGGGCCCGGAUCAUUGGGGGCCGUGAGGUGACCCCCCACUCCCGUCCCUACAUGGUGUCAGUGAGCUUUGAGGGCCAGCACCACUGUGGGGGCUUCCUGCUCCGCGCCCACUGGGUGGUCUCAGCUGCCCACUGCUUCAGCAACAGAGACCCCCAAACUGGCUUGGUGGUGCUGGGAGCCCAUGCCCUGCGCACCUCAGAGCCCACCCGGCAGGUGUUCGGCAUCUCAGCUGUCAUCAGGCACCCCGACUAUCAGCCCAUGACCCAUGCCAAUGACAUCUGUCUGCUGCAGCUGAACAGCUCUGCCAUCCUGGGUCCUGCAGUGGGGUUGCUGGGGCUGCCACAGAGGAGCUCCAGGCCACUCAAGGCUGGGACGCGGUGCCAAGUGGCCGGCUGGGGCUCUGUGUCCAAUUUUGAGGAGCUGCCACCCGGGCUGAUGGAGGCCGAGGUCCGUGUGCUGGGCCUGGACAUCUGCAACAGCUCCUGGAGGGGCCAGCUGAGCCCUGCCAUGCUCUGCACCCACAGUGGGGACCGCCGGUGGCGAGGCUUCUGUUCGGUAUGCUAUUCUUUGCCCUGCCCGCUUACAGAAUGGGGAAACCAAGGCUCACAGAGAGGGUCAGUGCUGGACAGAGCCUUGGGAACUAAGUUCCAGCUCACCUUUACCAGAGGCACGACUGCUGCACCUGAGGCCCUGGAAGGACAGGUUAUUGCCCAGGGUCACAGGGCUACGCUGUAUGUCUGUGCAGGUUGUGCACUGCACAGAGCUAGAGUUGUGUAUUUAUUAACAGUGUCCUGUAGGUGGCAGUAGCAGAUCUCAAAAAAGGAGCCCCUGCUCCCAGCAGCCAGUGCAGACUACUAGCAACACUCACCGGCAGAGUCUUUUGUUCCAGGCUAGAGAGGGGAAGGGUUCAGAACACAGAUUCUGGAGCCCAACUGCCUGGGUUCAAAUCCAGACUGUGUCCCUUCCCAGACAUGCGGCUUUGGGAAAGUCACUUCUCUGGACCUCAUUUUCUCCAUCUAUAAAACUGCCACUUCAUAGUCAAAGUUAAUUCCACAGGGUGGUAGGACCCAGAGGGAAGGCAAGGAGAGGGGAGGGAGCAGGAAUUUCAGGGUAGGCAUUCAGAAAGGCCUCUCUGAGGGCAGCACCUUAGAGCUGAGACUUGAAGGAGCCCUUAGCCCUGAGGGAAGGCAUAGGCAGGGAAACCAUCAGAGGGCUGCCGUGCACAAAGGGCCGCAGACUUGUAUGUUUAGUCUUUGCUGUAAGAGCACAAGGGGGCCAUGGAAGGGUUUUGGGGCAGGGAAGGGUCCUGGUGGGAUUUCCAUGUAGAAGCUCCUUCCCAGGAAGUGAGGCUGAGAGAGAGACCUGGCCUUCCUGUCCACCCCUAGGCAGACUCCGGGGGGCCCCUGGUGUGCAGGAACCAGGCCCAUGGCCUUGUCUCCUUUUCUGGCCUCUGGUGCGGUGAUCCCAAGACCCCUGA